GCCUCUCAGACCUUCCAAGAGAAAACCUGCCACGCACUGCUGCGCCAUGACCACUUUAUAAGGAGCAUCUGUGUACUGAAAACGUUUCUGUGGAACAAACUGUCUGAAAAGUGACGCACCCAGUAGCGAUGUUCGGAUGUGAAUGUAACUUCGUACGCGUACACACCAUCGGCGGGUGCGUGAAUGGUUACCCAAGGAGUUUCAGUUCUCUGUGACAGGCAACACCAGGAGAAGAAUGCCUACAUUUUUAACGCCGAAUCGCCAUGGGUAUUCGGUUCGUUUUUCUCCAUUCCAUCCUGAAAGAAUAGUAUGUGCAACAUCACAGUAUUAUGGAUUGGCUGGUGGAGGAACACUGUUUCUCCUGGAGCUGACACCUGAUGGUGGCCUUGUGGAAGUGUCAAGCGUCACAUGGCCAGAUGGACUAUUUGAUGUUGUGUGGAGUGAAACUGAUGCCAACAUUGCUGUCAGUGCAAGUGGGGAUGGAGUCCUGCAGCUGUGGAAUGUCGCUUGCCCACAGCUACCUCCGCAGACUUUCAGGGAGCACAAGAAAGAGGUAUACUCUGUGGACUGGAGUCAAACACGGCAAGAGCAGUUCAUCCUUUCUGCUUCGUGGGACUGCAGUGUGAAACUGUGGGAUCCAAACCGUUCAAAUUCUCUGGCAACAUUCUUGGGACACUCCCAACUAGUUUACAAUGCUAUGUGGUCUCCACAUGUUCCUUCAUGCUUCGCCUCUGUCUCAGGUGAUGGAACGCUGCGAAUAUGGAACUCGCAUAUGCCACAACGUGCUACAAUGACAUUACGAGCACAUGAUGCUGAGGUGCUUAGUUGUGAUUGGUGCAAGUACGACCAAAAUAUUCUAGCCACAGGUGGUUCAGAUGGCCUCAUCCGGGGGUGGGAUCUCCGUAGUUUCUCAAUGCCAAUCUUUGAACAGAAGGGGUGCGAAUUUGCAGUUAGAAGGGUGAAGUUCUCUCCACACCAUCUCUCAGUAUUAGCAUCUGUUGCGUAUGAUUUCACUACAAGGAUUUGGGACUUCAAAGUAUCAUCAGAAGCAGUAGAGACAGUAAAGCAUCACUCAGAGUUCGUGUAUGGUUUGGACUUCAAUAGCCAUGUGGUAGGACAGAUUGCGGACUGUGGAUGGGACUCGCUUGUUCAUGUUUUCAACCCUCGUUCUCUCAGUACCGUGCCAUCCAUUCCUAUAAAGUGAAUCAUUCCAGUUUUCUUCGUGGUUUUCCUCCUCCUAGAAUUUGUUUGUCAGUGCAUCAUCUGGUACAUAGAUCCCUGCCUCAUAUUUAAGUGGAAAUAAUGUAAUAAUUAAUGAAAUUAUGAAGUAGGGAUGAUGGAAUUUGAUGCCAAAGAAGGUGACCACUCACCUACAAUAAUGAAGUUCUGAGCCAUGAAUGUGAUCCACACAUUAGAGUAUGGGUAGAUCUAUUUUGUUUGAGUCUGCAGAAUUACACAUGAGCUGUAAUAGUAGCUGGUAAUGACCAACAACUAUGUGCUAAUACACCACUGUCUUAAAAACAUUCAAGCUACUUUACUUAUUAUGGUAUUGUUUUGCUUGCUAAUGAAGUAGUGAUACAGCUUUUGAGCAUAUGUUUUGGAAACUUAACACUCAUAAGCUAGAUUCACUGCAGUGGCUUUGAAUAAAGCAGUCAGAAACUUUUAAGACAAGUUAUGUAAGGUUUUCAUCCCAAGAUCUUUGGUGAAUGACUUGACAUGUGUAUUCUUCCAGAUAAAAGUUAUAGUACCUGUAGCCUUUUUAAAUAAAUUCACCAGCAGAAAUAGUUUGUGGAGACAAGGAGAUUUCUAUGAGCUGCCUUAAUUAUAAUGCAAAAACUAAAUUGUUUUCUUUGCAACUGUGUACAUCACUGUUCAUUUUCAUCUUAAAAUUUGAACAUUUAUUGUAGUCUGAGCACAGUGCACACAAGAUUUUAGACUAUUUCAAACUGUGUAAUAAUAAAAUAACCAUCAGUCUAAUGUUUAAUAUUUUUCCUUACUCAUUUUGUUUAAGUUUACAAACCUUCAAAGUCAGAUACAUAUUUGUAUUUACUCGUUGCUGGUCAUUCUCUCUAAGUACCAGUGAUAUGUCACACAAGUUACAUUUUUUGGGAUUCAUAUCUCUAUUUUAGUCGUUGUAAUUGUGCAUAACCAUGACUUAAUUGUUUAAAACAAUAAAAUAAUACUAGUGAUCACUUUAUUCUUAUUCAGUUCUUUUUAUUACUCUUUGUGCAUGUGGUCAUAUCUAUUCAUGACUAUAGAUUUUUUACUUCAUACUGAAGAAGGGAGCGGUUUUUUUAAUAAAAAGAAAAGAAAGUAAAAAGUCAACUACUGUAUUGAUUACUACUAAUGGAUUCAGGUUUCCAUGUUUAUCAAAUCUCCUAAUUAAUAAGUACAUUGUACAGUUUUGUGCCGUGUAUUUAUUCAAAGUGAACAGCAUGGUGGCAUCAAUUUUUGUACUUAUUCAGUGAGACACUUUUCUCCUUUAAGUGUUAUAAUAUGCAAAUGGGAAGAUGUCAGUGUCAUGUGAUUGAAGAUGUAUGUAUAUCAACAUAACUUCUGAAGUUUUCCAAUAUUUAAUUGCACAAGAAACAUUAAAUUUUACUUUUACCUACAAUAUUUCUGUAACUUAAUUUAUAAAUCUAUCUGCCAUUUACCAGUGCAAUAUAAAUGUUAGCCCCACCUUAAAGACACAUGAGUAAUAGUGUGAUGUAACAUUUCACUAAAUUAAUGCUGGAAUUGUUUUGCAUCUCUGGAUCUUGAGUAUGUUUAAUAGACCACUUCUUACUUAAUAGAUGUUAUCUCAUAUUUGGUUUUAGGAUUUUUAUGGCACUUGACAGGACUUUCACCACUGUUGAAGCUGAGUGUAAGCAAAAACUUAUCUUGGUUAUCUGUGUUAACGAAGCUGUACAGCCUUUCCAUAACUGGAGAGGCUGGUUCAAUCAACAUUUAACACAAAGACAAGGGCAACUCCUUUAUAACAGUAUCUAGUAGAGCAUUAUGAAACAAGGCUGUCUUCAUAUUUUACAGCUGCAUAAUUUUAGUUAAAUAUUUGGCCAUACUAUUUUUAAAAUAAUUAUUACAUAAAUGUGGAGAACUUCAGUAUGAUUAAUAACAGAAAAGCCUUGCAUGCAAAAGAAUCAGAAUCUUAGCUUUGCGAUGAAAGCAUUGAGUCUUAAGAUUGUGAGACGAUUGCUUUUUUUGGGCGGGGGGAAUAGAAAGGAAAAUAAUUAUUUUCCAUUGCUUUUGAUUGCACAUGCUUGCAUUUUGAAACUAAGGUUUUAAAUAGUUUCAAUAGUAUGUCACUUUACAGUUGUUGGCCGCCUCCUGCUAUGGAAGCAACAGCUUGAGGUUGUUUUUUUGUAGUUCUUUUUUUCUUUAAGGAGUGCAAUACAUUCUGUAAUAUGAUCUCUACCAUCCCUCACCCGAACAUAAGCUGUUGAACUAAAUAAGCUCUCCUGUCCUCCACAAUCUCGAAGUAAUCUGCACACAUUCCUUACCACAUAAUGCUGGUUAGAGUUAAGAAACAGAGACAUAAUUAACCAACUUGCUUAACAGUUGCAAACAAGCAAGUCUAAAUCUAUCUACAAUUUACAUAAACAAUGACAUUUUUUAAAUAUGGUACAUUCCAGUAUAACAGCAAGAUUUCAACAAAUGUAUGUUUACCUUCUAAUGGGCAAUAUGGUACCUUGCUAUCCACAUUACAGGAUGCAUAUUUCCCACAUCUGUGUUAUAAAUGUGAUACUGAUAUUUGUGUCAUACACAUCCACAUCAUAUGUACCUAUGAGGUUAGACGUUUUCUUCAUAGUAUUUCAAUAUUAUGGUUACAGACAAUCCACUACUUAUUUAUGUUGAAAAAAAUCCAUUAUCAUUUUUCUGAGCUGGAUAUACACAGUAACAUUAUUUCAGUUUAAUAUUUAAAUACAUCCACUAGAUUUGACUCAUCAAGAAUAAUUACUAUUAGGUUUGAGACCAAGCUACUAUUCAUCUGUUUUUAAUGAAUUCAUAUAUUGAACUGCCAGUUUUGUCUCAGAAUUGCUGUGUAUAGCGUGGUUGAACAAAGCAAUAUACAAUUUCAGAAAUGGUUUUUAUCCAGUAUGGGACAUAUAAUGUACAUUUUAUUUUCCUUCAUUCCCUCAUUUAACAUUGUUGUUGUUGUUGUUGUUGUUGUUGUGGUCUUCAGUCCUGAGACUGGUUUGAUGCAGCUCUCCAUGCUACUCUAUCCUGUGCAAGCUUCUUCAUCUCCCAGUACCUACUGCAACCUACAUCCUUCUGAAUCUGCUUAGUGUAUUCAUCUCUUGGUCUCCCUCUACGAUUUUUACCCUCCACGCUGCCCUCCAAUGCUAAAUUUGUGAUCCCUUGAUGCCUCAAAACAUGUCCUACCAACCAAUCCCUUAUUCUAGUCAAGUUGUGCCACAAACUUCUCUUCUCCCCAAUCCUAUUCAAUAGCUCCUCAUUAGUUACGUGAUUUACCCACCUUAUCUUCAGCAUUCUUCUGUAGCACCACAUUUCGAAAGCUUCUAUUCUCUUCUUGUCCAAACUGGUUAUCGUCCAUGUUUCACUUCCAUACAUGGCUACACUCCAUACAAAUACUUUCAGAAACUACUUCCUGACACUUAAAUCUAUACUCGAUGUUAACAAAUUUCUCUUCUUCAUUUCAUCUGUAACUCUAAGCUCCCUAAUGCAGAAUAGAAAGAAGUCUGAAGUCAUGGAUGAAAAGUGUUUACACGUUUUGGAGUUUGUCAUCCGGUGAACAAACACUUUGAUGCAGUAGCAGCCGUAGCAACAUUACUUUCGGGGGUGUUGCCUGCCUUUGCAUUGUGUUCUGAAGUUUGUCACACACAAUAUUUAAGCAUUUGUUGCCUACAGAAGCCAGUCUUGAAUUGAUAGGUGCUUUGAAUAAAUAACAAAAUAUGAAACAAGCCUGUCUUCAUCACAUGUAACAAAAUAUAGUUACAUCACUAAUAUUUUUAUCUGUGGGUUUACUGUGACUGUAACUCUUAGGUUAAAGUUAAAGGAUAACCAACUGUCUCUGAGCAUUUUAUUUUUAUUGUUUCUUCAACAUCCAACCCACUUCAGAGUUAAAAUCUGUUUUCCAUCAUUGCUGUUUGGUUUUUCCCCUAGUAAGAAACAGAACUAAGACAGCUGCUAUUUUGCAUUCUGGACUUAAUUUAACACAAAAGUAAUUGUCAACAUAAAUUUAGAUGUAAAUCUUUCUUUUGUUACUGAAUUUAUGCCAUUUCAACCCUUCAGUUGAUGAUCCAAAUGCAGAGGUAUUUCACCAGUACAUAUGCCAAACAUUCAGUGGCAGAAUGAAGGUAUGAACUGAGAAUUCACACAUAUAUACAUUCAAGUACUUUAGAGAUAAUUAUCUUGCAAAAGUAACAGGUCUUUCACUUUGUCUUUCUUUACGAAGCAUGUUAAGCUGAAAACCCGAACUGUAGUUCUAGAAACUGAAAUUGAGCAGAGAACGGUGUUGCACAUGGUAGGCACAAUAAACAUAGCGAUACUCCCGGCAUUGUAUGGGAGGAGGCCGGUCUGCCACAACACACACACACACACACACACACACACACACACAGAGAGAGAGAGAGAGAGAGAGAGAGAGAGAGAGAGAGAGAGAGAGAGAGAGAGAGAUAAUUUCUCUUGCCUCCUCCAUGCAGCAGACCAUUUGAGGGACUUUAAUCAAUACCUUUCACUCGCAACAGGUCCAAAGAAUUUGUGAGGAAGUAGUAGUGCCUCACAGAAUUUGAGUACCGUACAAUUAAGUCCCAUGGGGGUAGCAGAGAUACUGGCGGUAAAACUUCAUAGCUCUGCCAGCUUUGUAUUUUGAAAUACAGUAGGGUUUUUAUCUGAAAACACAAUUGAAAGUCCGUUAUGAUGCUAACUUUUCAUCCUAUUCAUUUGUCCAGUACAGGAUAUCUGAAAAUAUUUGUCAAUAAUAUGAUUUCAUUUUUUGCAGUCAAGUUAUAUUGUUGUUGCAUCCACCUUGUUAUAAGACAUGAUCAUUUGUUAUGCAGUGUUUAAAGGAUAUGUGAUAGAACAAGUGAUAAUGGCUUUCCGUCAAGAAAUUACUUGGCAGAGAAAUUUAAGUUUAUAUUAUGUGAAACAUAAAAUUGUUCCUUAUUCUGUACCUUUGGGGAGGUACAGAUCACUGCUUUGACGUCAUUACAUGAGAAAGGUGGAUAAUCCCUUUGAAAGUGACAAAGGAAAGCUUCAUAAAUGGCAAUCUGAGCAGAAUACUCAGCAGCAUGUAGCAACAAAACAAUGGAAGGGUUCUUCCACACAUUGUCAGUAAUUACAAUCUUCAGUUUCUUACUAAUUUAAAUUUGUUUACCUUUUGAUAUCAUUCUUGGAAUAUUUUUAGCAGCACAAGGCAGGAUGUCAUAUAAAACUUGCAAAACAACUGUGUCAUGUACAUACACUAUUUUAUUUAUUCUUGUGUUACAGAAUUAUUAAUAAUAUUUAUGUUUAGAAUAUAUUGCGUGUUUCCUAGUUUUUCAGUUUUAACAUCUGGAGUACUUACAGCACAGAUCUGUUAAAAAAUGUAGCUUUUAUGAAUUACAAAGAUAACUAGAUAAUUACACAGUUGUAGUGCAUUAUAAUCAUUUGAAGUGCAUACAAAAUUAAUAACAUCAAACUGACUUAUUGUCUCCUGAACUAAGUAUUUUUAAAACUGAAGUUGCUUCAUUACUGUAGUGUCUUAGGUUCUUUGAACAUGUUCAUGGUUUAUAAGUAAUGGUUCAUAAACCAUAUAAGUUCAUAUAUAAACUGAACUGACUUCAUAAGAUUUUCAUUGUAGCAAAUUAAGAGUGUCAGGAUGACAAGGACAGAGACUACAGAAAAUUUGUGGAAUAAGUGAAAAGAAUUUUGAAGUCUAUUUCCAUUACAGAAAUCCACAAAACUUAAGACUUGGUAACAGAAGUUUUAUUUAUUGUUAAAUGAUAUUGUUAAUUUUUAAUGUUGAUUUAAAGGUCCACACACACUAAUUCCAUAAGACUGUUAUUGUGUUUUUAUUGUUUUUGUAACUACAGAAGUUUAUGGGGUUAUGCAACUAAUGAAUCCGAAUUAUUUGUGUAGAAAAUUUGUAUAGACUGAAAUUGUUGAUUGAAAUAAAAUAGUACAAUUAAUA